CAAUCCAUUUUAAUAUGAUGCUAAGAAUUUGUAAAGUUGUGUCAAGUGUUUAGCUUUUAACCGCACUGUGUUGCCUUAACUCUACAUACCUUUUCAAGUAUGCUGGAUUGGAUAUUGAUAACCUGCAGAACUUGGAGUGUUGUCUGUUUGUCCUUUUCCCAUAUUUUUCUUACAUGCUGGCAGAAGGUCUUGGUCUUUCUGGCAUUGUGUCUAUAUUGUUCACUGGAAUUGUAAUGAAACGCUAUACGUACUCAAAUUUGUCUGACAGUUCUCAGAGAUUUGUAUCUUCGUUUUUUCAUCUGAUAUCUUCAUUAGCGGAGACAUUCGUAUUUAUAUAUAUGGGGUUUGAUAUAGCUAUGGAACAACAUAGUUGGUCACAUGUUGGAUUUAUUUUCUUCUCAAUUCUUUUUAUUGGAAUUGCAAGGGCUGCAAAUGUAUUUGGCUGUGCAUAUCUGGUAAAUAUGGUAAGACCUGCUCAUAGAAAAAUACCACCUAAACAUCAGAAAGCACUCUGGUACAGUGGACUUCGAGGGGCUAUGGCUUUUGCACUUGCUUUGCAGUCAGUUCACGAUCUCCCUGAAGGUCAUGGUCAGACAAUUUUCACAGCAACCACAGCAAUUGUCGUUUUAACGGUUUUGAUAAUCGGUGGUUCAACUGGUACCAUGUUGGAAGCUUUAGAUGUUGUUGGUGAUGCUUACGAUGGCUCCUUGAGUGAAAGAUUAGAGGGAAGUAAUGGCUACACAGUAACUUCUUAUGAUGAGGAAUCAUCAUCCGGAAGCAGGUUCAAGAAGCUAAAAGACUUUCAAAAGAGCGCAUCAUCAUUUUCAGCAUUAGAUAGGAACUACCUAACACCAUUCUUUACAAGUCAAAAUGGAGAGGAUGAUGAACAAGCUACAGAUGAACGGCCAAGCAAUUCGAGACGAGGGUGAUAGGGAACUCACUCAGGCUAUACUUAUAUAGCAAAAAGAAUGACGGAAGCUGCUCUGUAAAGUUCAAAAAAGUAGGGAAAAAGAAGAAGAAGAAAGAAACAAGGUACAUUAUGAUAGUAAGUAGAUUAUCUGAACACAUAUAUUAUAAAGGGUAAAUACAUACACCUGUGUAGGUGUUGAUUCAUCAGAGCAAGAAGGUUUAUUAACCCUUAACAUAUGUAGUAACCAGACCAAUGUUAUGGAUGGUUUGUAAAAAUGAAGUUUUACCUUAAAG